AUGUCUCAUAAAGAAACUGUUUUACCUUAUCUUAUAAAGUAUACCCCUAAGAAUCGAAUAGAAGAUUAUCAAGCAGCAAACGUUUAUUCAUUUGAUCUCGAUGGUACAAUAAUAGGGACGAAAACUAACAGUAAAUUCAGUAGAGCACCAGAGGAUUGGAAAUUUUUAUCAUUUGGUGAAAGUCUCACAACUUUAGAAAGGCUAAUUGAGAUAGUUCAAAAAGAUUCCAAGGCCCAGAUAGUUAUCUUUUCUAAUCAGGGUGGUGUUCUCACGGUACCACCAACUUCAAAAAGCUGUAUAAACUUUACAACAAAGGUCAAACUAAUACUAGAAGCUAUUGCCGUGAAUAAGGGGGGACAUGAGUUACUAAAGCGAUUAUGGAUAUAUGCAGCUCCGAAAAUGCCUGCUUCUUUAUUUCCUAAGAAUAAAAAAGCUACCUUCUCUAAAAUAAGCAAGCCGAUCAAGUCACCGACUAAAAUUCCUGCGUCCGUAUUGCCCAGCACCUUUGAGAGUAUGAGAAAACCGCAAACAGGAAUGAUUGACGAGUUUAAAGCCGAUUUCAAGAGGCUUUAUGGGGAUCCCAUGCCUCAAAACGAGCUAAACUGGGUUUAUUACUGCGGAGAUGCCGGAGGAAGGCCCUCAGAUUUCAGUGAUUCAGAUAAAUAUUUUGCUAAAAAUGCUAAUCUAGGCUUCAAAUUUCCGGAAGAUGUGCUGAAGUAA